AUGGUCAGUUUACCGCAAAUUGAUCAAAUGGAUUCUCAGAACAUAGUGAAACGCUCGGUGAUGAGCACGACAGAGUCUGUCACCAGCAUUCUGAAAGAGUAUAGAAAGAGAACUAAGCAUUUACAUAUGCUGAAGAGCUUUUUCCAAGAACAGAACGUUCGCAUUCCUCAAUGGAGGUUGAGUGUGGAGGAGAAACUUGAACCGUUCUUAAGCGAUGACAGUUACGGGAGGUCUACGAGUGUCGCCGCACCGGGACUACCGUUACUACGAAAAUCCAGAGUGACACCACCAAAAAAGAGUUUCGAUUGGAAAACACUGAAUGAAAAAAUAAAGAACAGAUGUUAUAUUGUGGCAGAGUCAUCUCCUCCGGCAAAGGAACUACAACAAAAGCAUCACAUCAGAGACUUGCCAUCAUUACAACCUAAAACUGUUAAGAAGGUACUUACUGUUAGAGACAAAGAACCACCUCAGAUCAUACUUAUCUCUGAACCUCCUGAAAUAAUGUUUGGAGAUUUUGAAAUUGGAAAAACAUAUACGCAAAAAUGUAAAAUAAAAAACAUAUCUAAUGGCAAGUGUAAAUUCACUAUAAAACCUUUAAAGUCGUCUUCUCCAUUCAGAAUCAAAUGGAACCAACAGACCAACAAGCUGGCAGCUGGGAUGAGACUUGUAUUGACAAUUCAAUUUGUCUGCACUACGUUAGCAGAUGUGCAAGACAAAUUGCACAUAUUUCUAGAAAGAGGUGAAACACUGGUUAUCAAUAUUCAAGCCAAGAGUCCUCCACCUCUUCUUGUAGAUUACAUUAAUACUGUUUAUAAUGUGUCGGGAAAGAAAACUUUUCACUCCCUUAUAAACUGUGGGAAUAAUUUUGUUGGAGAAGAAGGUACCACAGUAGUAAAUCUAAAAAAUGUGGGACCUGCAGGAAGAUUCUUUUUCCUAAGGGAGUCUGACUUUUAUAGUGUUGAGUUUGAAAUAGACUCAUCCAAUAAACUUACACUGGAGUCAUUCACUAUUGGGCCAGUGUACUUCUCACUGGACAGAACUGAGGUAAUAGAGAUUCUGGUCUCGUACAGAACCCCCUUCGCCGGGACUCAUUCAGACCGGGUGUUCCUACUCUGUAGUAAUUCUGCAGUCAGACAAGUGGAUCUUGUCAAUCAUGGAUUUUCAUAUGACCGCCACUGGAUCCGAGUAAUGGGAUUACUUAAAACAUUUGAUGUUGAUAUUCAAGAUGAUUACAAUGCCGAUUCUUACAUCAACUUUGGUCAGAUGCUUGGUGGGAUGAGGAGAUACCGCAGUUUUAGCCUGUCCAAUUCUGGGUAUGUGCAUAUGAGCUAUCACUGGGAGGUGAGACCAGCGAUGCUGACUGACAGGAACAGAAAGUUACUCCCUUCAGAAGCCCUGACGAUCUCGCCAACUCGAGGUCGGUUGUACUACCAGGCAUCGGACUAUUGUCAGGUGCAGUGCGAUACCAGCUCUGUGCCACCUGCUAGAUACUGCUUGAUCAUGGUGCUGUUUGUGGAUGACUUGCCUAUAAAGAGUGUCCCACUAGAUUUGCACGAGAAACUUCUACCUUGUAGAAGUGAUCCAGAUCUUUGGUCUAUUGAAGCUCAGUCAGUAGAGGUUUGGGUGGAUGUUGUAGAACCAAAACUGAUGUUGAGACCUUACAUAGUCGAUUUCUCAGACUUUCCUCUCAUCUGUGGCUCUACAGUGGAAACCCAAACUAUAAUUAUAGAAAACCUUUGUGUGGGGGACUUGCAGCUGACUUGGGUCUACCAAGACAUUGGGCCUUGCGUCAAACUGAGCAUCGAGCCACAACAGUUCUGUCUAAAGAAGUUCUCAUCCACUGCUUGUUUAUUGUCAUUAGAACCAUUAGAAGAAGGAGAUUUCUCUACUGAUAUUCGGUGUGUAGCUUAUGAUGAGGAAAUUGAAAUUACACUUAAAAUUAGGGGUGUUUGCUGCAGAAGAGAAAUACAAACAAUAACAGAGUCUGUUGAUUUUGGGUUGGUCAAGCGAGGGUCUCGUCAAACUACAGAAAUCAUUGCUAAAAACUGCUAUUCUGUUGAGAGAAGAACAUGGACUCUCGAUGAGCUACUAUUUGAACAGUUUGAUGACGGACACUUAGAUGAGAUGAACAUUUUGGGCUCAUUGUCUGCUUAUCAAGUAGAGUUUUGUCACAAAGACAGUGAGAUUUUAGUUAACUACACUCUCAAUACACAGGUAGACAAGAUGUGGUGUUCAGUGGUGGAGUGGGAAGGCAAGUAUGUGCCUGUGCUGGCCGAUGUCCAGGAGCCAGACGUCAGUCUCAGCAGUCAUCUGGUCACUGUUGACCUGAUGUACACUGAUGUCAAGUAUGAUGUGAACAUCACCGUGGACAACCAUACUCUUAACAACACAGCAGUGUUCUGGGGCAACCCUCUUAUACCAAUGGAUGACAGGCAAGUGGUCGACAUUGAGCCAAGAUUCGCAGUUCUUCAACCUUCUGAAAAGUUAAUCACUCAGAUCCACUUAACUUCUAAUGUUGUGGGUUUCCUGGACAAUUUAUACAUCCCGUGUUUUGUAGAAGGUUAUAUCCAGCCACUAAUACUAAAGAUUGAAGGUUUUGUGGAGGGUUUGACAGUUAGAGUGGAGUGGGACUCGGAGGAUGGACACCAAUGUGUUUUUUGGCCCUCCACAAAGUGUAAAGAAAUCGUUAAAUACUCGCACUUCUUCCACUCUCCUAUUUUCCUAUGUCCUACCGACUCUUCCACUCGAACUUCGAAUGAAUUAGAAUGUACACCAUUAGAUGAAUAUAUUGACCUAAAGUCUGAACCUAAUGACUGUGAUGAUGCUACAUCAGAUUUUGGAAGCAAAGGGUCUCAUGAAUCCAGCAUUCCAUACUUGAAUUGGCCAAUCAUCGGUGGGAGAUACACCCGUGAGCCCAUGAGCGAAGAGAUGGAAAGACAUUUCAAUGGCCUUUUAUCGUCUGCAGAGUACGAGGAAGAUGAUGAAGAUAAAGACAUCUCCAAUGUUCCUCCCAACACAUUGUGUUUCCAUGAUGUUCCUUCCAAAGAAGCUGUCACCCAAGUAGUGUACAUUAAAAAUGAUUCAGACAUCUGCUCCCACUUCAAGGUUUGUGUAGCCAACAACUUUGAACGACCACAACAACCUAUUGAGAUAUCAGUGCCAGAGAAAAUAGAGAGAAAAUUAAAAUGUGUGGAGGAAGAUGAAUGGACCAAGCGGGCGAGCAAGGACCGAGGGUUAACGGUGUUUGUAGAUCCGGCUUAUGGGCAACUUUUGCCCCAGGACUAUGUUAUCCUGCAUAUCACAGUGUACGCUAAUAGUUGGGGUCAGUACAGCGAUGUCCUGCUCUUGCAGUUGGGUGAUCUUGAGCUGCUGACCUUGAAUCUCAAGAUAAUGGUCCACCAGCCUCCCGUUCUUGCACCUCAUUUGCUCAGAUUUGGAGCAGUACAACAUUCUGGUCCUCCCCAGUUGCGGUAUCUAACAGUAGAAAACAGAAGCACAGUCCCAGUGUACGUGUUGUGGCAAGUAUUUAUUCCGUCCGCAGAUCCACUUCCAUUUGGAGUAAUGCUUUCUGAUAAUAACCCCUUUGAGCUGAAGCUAACCCCACACUAUGGAAGUUCCGUUUCACCUUUUUUUGAGAUUUCUGAGAGGUAUACCGAACUUGCACCCUGUUCUUCUAAAAAGGUGGCUGUUUUAUUCAACCCAAAGGAUUGUGGUAUAAAAGUCAAUGAAAAUAUCCUGACUGAAAUUCAGACUGCAGUUUUGUUGGGCUAUGUUUUUUUAACAGAUGAAGCCAGGUUCAUAACAAACUCUGAAAUCUGUGUGCGAGAUGAUGGGUUUAAGCUGGAUCCUCUGAAAAUCGACUUGGAGGCAUCUGUAGAAGUUCCCGUACUAACAUUACUAAAUGUAUACAACUAUAAUCUUUUGUUUAAGUGCACUGCAAAUACUGUGAUGUCUACAGAGGAGAAAGUUUGGAGGAAAAAAAGUGUAAUAACAGUAAAAAAUAAGAGCUACACUCAAAUAAAAGCAAAUAUAAUUACAGUAGGUUAUUUUUAUGUUUCUAAAAUAAACUAUCUUUGUCCUGAAUUAAACAAUAGUUCAAAUACAGACUCUAUUACUCUUGACCCUGGGGAAAUGUGUGAGGUAACUGUAACUUGUGAAGUGACUCAAGAUACACUGUACGAGUGCUUUGAUGUUGAACCAAUAAUGUUAGCUGAUACUGAUAUUGAGUCUGGAAUUGUUGAAUAUGGAGUGGUUUCUUUUCAACAAGAAGAACUAAAACAGGAUGUUAAAUUGGAGUUGUGGCUGUACCAACCAUUAAUCUGCAUAUCUGUCUCGUCUUUGAAUUUUGGACUGGUGUACGUAGAAGAAACUAAAGUCAUAGUGAUCACGCUCAUGGCUCCCAUAGGCAAAGAAUAUUUUGAGAUCUCCAUUAAAUCUGAAAGAAACAAUGAAGUAUUUUCUGUAAAUAUGAAAUCAGGAGUGUUGGUUCCCAAAGUAGGUCUACCAUUAGAAGUGUCUUUUACACCAAAGAUUUCCAUAUCUUAUGCAGAGAUGCUUGUGAUAAGAUCGUGCAUGUCACAAUCCUUCUGGGAGAUUCCCCUGUAUGGAGUCGGCAUUUUAAACUAUAGAGCACAUAUUUAUUAACACAUCUGUACUAGAGAUGUUUUGAGUGUUAUGAAUGCCAUCACUAGAACUGUUUUAAGUAAUAUAAAUUAAAAAAUGAUUAAUUAGUAUGUAUUUUUACCCAACUUAUAAGUUUCAGUAUUUGUAAUUUUUAAAAGUUAAAAAAAUUAAAUUGUGUGAA